CUUUUAAGGAGUUUGCCACGAGCGCGUCCCCUUCAUUCGCAGUCCGGGCGCGUUCUCAGCAGGAUCGCAGAGAGCCGGCGCUCCUCUCCCUUGGUCCCUGUAGUCCCGGGCGUACAUUUCCUCUCCCUCUCUGCGUCCCCGCGGUCCCAAGAAGGCGGCUAGCCGGCGGGAGCAGGAGAGCCACUGAGCCAUGGGAGCAGGCAGUUCCACCGAGCAGGGGAGCCCCGAGCUGCCGGCGGGGAGCGACACGCCGAGCGAGCUGGAGCUCAGUGACCACGGGCCCGCAGCGGAAGCGCCGGGAGGUGCUGAAGACUCAGCCGACGCGGACCCCGCCACCAAGCUCCCACAGAAGAACGGUCAGCUGUCCACUGUCAAUGGCGUCACUGAACAAGGAGAUGUCCAUGUCCAAGAGGGAAGCCAGGAGGGGCAGAAGGAAGAAGUCCUUGCUGAAGAUGUUGGACAGAGAGAGUCAGAAGAUGUGAGAGAAAAAGACCGAGGCAAAGAAAUGGCUGCCAACUCUGCAGUUGUUAACGACAUCACAAAGGAGGGGCAGGAGGAAACACCUGAGCGAAUCGAACAGAUCCCUGCUUCAGAAAACAAUGUGGAAGAAAUGGCACCGCCCACUGAGUCCCAGGCUAAUGAUGUGGGCUUCAAGAAGGUAUUCAAGUUUGUUGGUUUUAAAUUCACGGUGAAAAAGGAUAAAAAUGAGAAGUCUGACACUGUCCAGCUACUCACGGUCAAAAAGGAAGAAGGCGAAGGCGAAGGAGCGGAAGCCUCAGUUGGGGCCGGUGACCACCAGGAGCCUGGCACCGAGACCGGAGAGCCAGCAUCCAAAGAGAGUGAGCUGAAGCAAUCCACAGAGAAACCAGAAGACACCCCGAAGCAAGCACAGAGCAGCACAGAAGUCACCCUUCAAGCCGAAUCUGGUCAAGUGGCUGAGGAAGAAGCCAAAGAUGAAGGAGGAGAAAAACGAGAGAAAGAACCCACCAAGUCCCCAGAGUCUCCCACUAGCCCAGCCAGCGGCGAGACGACAUCUUCCUUCAAGAAAUUCUUCACUCACGGUUGGGCCGGCUGGCGCAAAAAGACCAGCUUCAAGAAGCCAAAGGAGGAGGUUCUAGAAACUUCCGAGAAGAAAAAAGAGCAAGAGGCAGAAAAAACAGAUGAGGAAGGAAAGGAAAAAACAGAAGGGACUCCUUCUGAGCCAACCCUGGCCUCAGAGCAACAGGAACCCGCAGAAGACACAAGUCAGGCCAGGUUGUCUGCAGACUAUGAGAAGGUGGAGUUGCCCCUGGAAGAUCAGGUCGGUGACCUGGAGGGACCGUCAGAGGAGAAGUGUGCUCCUCUGGCAACGGAAGUGUUUGAUGACAAAAUGGAAGGCCACCAAGAAGUUGUUGCAGAGGUCCACGUGAGCACCGUGGAGAAGGCGGCGGAGGAGCAAGGAGGAGGGGAGGAGGCCAAAGGGGGUGUGGAAGAAGCAGGAGAAUCCUUGCCCCCCGAAAAACUGGCUGAGAGCCAGGAGGCCCCCCAGGAAGCUGAGCCCGUCGAGGAACUAGUGAAGAGUGGAGAAGCCUGUGUGUCUGCAGGUGACCACACACAGCUGACCGAUCUAAGUCCCGACGAGAAGGUGUUGCCCAAAUACCCGGAAGGCAUUGCCAGUGAGGCGGACAUGCUGUCCUCUCAGGAGAGAAUCAAGGUUCAGGGAAGCCCCUUAAAGAAGCUCUUUAGUAGCUCGGGCUUAAAGAAGCUCUCGGGGAAAAAACAGAAGGGAAAACGAGGAGGAGGAGGCAGCGGCGACGAAGAGCCAGGAGAGCACCAGCAGGUUCAAACCGAGUCCCCAGAGAGUGCGGAUGAGCAGAAGGGAGAGAGCUCUGCAUCCUCCCCUGAAGAGCCUGAGGAGAUCACGUGUCUGGAGAAAGGCCUGUCGGAAGCACACCAGGACGGGGAAGCUGAGGAGGGAACGACUUCCGAUGGAGAGAAGAAAAGGGAAGGGAUCACCCCCUGGGCAUCCUUCAAGAAGAUGGUGACCCCCAAGAAACGGGUCCGAAGACCUUCUGAGAGUGACAAGGAGGAAGAGCUGGAGAAGGUCAAGAGCGCCACCUUGUCGUCCACGGAGAGCACAGUGUCAGAAAUGCAGGAAGAAGUCAAAGCCAUUGGAGACGAGCAAAAGCCCGAAGAGCCAAAGCGCAAGGUGGAUACCUCGGUGUCUUGGGAGGCGUUAAUUUGUGUCGGAUCAUCCAAGAAGAGGGCACGGAAGGCAUCCUCUUCAGACGAUGAAGGAGGGCCGAGAACAGUGGGUGGGGAUGGCCACAGAGCAGAGGAUGCUGGGAAAGACAAAGAAGCUGUAACAGAAGCGGUUCCUGCCAGCGCCCAGGAACAGGAUCAAGCUCAAGGAAGUUCCUCGCCAGAGCUAGCGGGGAGCCCUUCUGAAGGGGAGGGUGUCUCCACCUGGGAGUCAUUUAAAAGAUUAGUCACUCCAAGAAAAAAGUCCAAGUCAAAACUGGAAGAGAAAACUGAAGACUCCACUAUAGAGCACUUGGCUUCCGAUGUCGAACCAAGUAAAGAAGAAUCGUGGGUUUCCAUUAAGAAAUUCAUUCCUGGCCGGCGGAAGAAAAGGCCAGAUGGAAAGCAAGGACAAGCCACUGUUGAAGACUCGGGACCAGUGGAAAUCAAUGAAGAUGACCCGGACGUCCCAGCCGUUGUGCCUCUGUCCGAGUAUGACGCGAUGGAAAGGGAAAAGAUGGAAGCCCAGCAAGCUCAGGGGACUGCAGAGGUGCCCCAGCUGCAGGGGGCCGCAUAUGUGUCCGAGGAGCUUAGCCAGACCCUGGUUCACACUGUGAGCGUGGCUGUCAUUGACGGGACCAGGGCCGUCACCAGUGCCGAAGAGCGGUCUCCUUCUUGGAUAUCCGCAUCCGUGACAGAACCUCUUGAACGCGCAGAAGGUGAAGCCACGCCUUCAGCUGAGGAGGUCGCUGAGAGAGGCGUCAUUGCAGAAGAAACCCCUGUGGCCACCCAGAUUUUACCAGAGGGCAAAGAUGCCCAUGACGACACAGUGGCCAGCGAGGUGGACUUCACUUCCGAAGCCGUGACAGCUGCAGAAACCACAGAGGCUCUCCGUGCCGAAGAGGUCACCGAAGCAUCGGGGGCAGAAGAGACCACAGACAUGGUGUCAGCCGUUUCCCAGCUCACCGACUCCCCAGACACCACAGAGGAAGCCACCCCAGUUCAGGAGGUAGAGGGAGGCGUGCCAGAUGGAGAAGAUCAGGAGCGGCAGACGCAGGCCAUCCUUCAGGCAGUUGCAGAAAGGGUGAAGGGAGAGUCACGGGUGUCUGCAACCCAGGCUGCACAGAGAGCCGGGCCAAUAGCUCUGGAGAAGGUGGUUGAGGUAGAAGAGGAUUCUGAAGUGCCAGCCAUGGAGAAAGAGAAGGAUGUCAUGUUGGAAGAACCGGAAACCGGAGCCGAGCAUUUUGCACGGGACGCUGAGGUGGUGCAGGCUACCCCAGAGAGCCUCCAGGAAGUUCCUGAAAUCACAGCAGACGCAGAACUGAAGGAGUGCCAGGCCACAAAGCUGCAGCAGCUGGAGGAACAGGCUGUGGCCCCUGAGUCAUCCGAGACCUUGACAGACAGUGAGACAAAUGGAAGUACCCCGCUGGCAGAUCCAGAUACUCCGGAUGGGACCCAGCAAGUCGAGACAGUUGAAAGCCAGGACAGUAAAGCCACUGAAACUGCCGGGCAGUCACAGGUCACAGAGGCAGAGGCAGCUCCUGCUCAGGAGGAAGGGCCCUCGACACCACCUAUUUUUCCGCCCCAGGAAGAACGUGAGGAGAAACCAGGAAGAGAUGAUGUUCUAGAGCCUACGCGGCGAGAGCUUUCUGUGGAAGCAGCGGCCAUUCUGGCAAAGACUGAGGUGGAGCCAGAAGCUGGCCAGUUUGAUGGAGAAAGAGUCAAAGGUGGCAUAUGUGCUCAAGAACUGGAGGUAUGCACAGCUGGCCCUGAGGGUCAAGAAAAGACUGUUGAAGUGAUGGCCGUGGCCGAAUGUCGGGAAAAUGAGAGUGCUGAAGUGCAGAUUCUUAGCCCAGAGGGGAGAGAGAUGGGAGUUGAUGUUGAAAAGGAGAAAAUGGAAACAAAGCCAGAGCAAGUGAGUGAAGAACACGAACAGAAAACAGCUGGCCCUGCGCAGGAAGACGGCCACCCACAGACCGUCCAGACAGCUGACUCCAACUCAGAGAGGGGAAAGGCAGUGAGCAGCCUUGAAGGGAGCUCUUCAGACCAAGACAAAGCAGGUUGCAUAGAGGUUCAAGUUCAAAGCUUGGACAUAACAGUCACUCAGACAGCUGAAGCCGUGAAAACCAUUGUAGAGACUGUCAAGGUUCCAGAAACAGGUGAAAGGCUGGAGUGUGUAGGUGCACACUUAAUCCCAGCAGAGCAGACCUCCGGAAAGGGUGACCAUUGCACUCCUAAGCAAGGAGAGGACACUGUGCCUUUGGGGCCUGAGUCUCAGGCAGAGUCAAUCCCAGCAGUAGUACCACCCACUCCGGAAAGCCCCCUACAUUCUGACCUGCAAGAAGAAAUAAGCGCAUCCCCGAAACAGAGAUCAAAUAAAGAUGACGGGCAGAUUGGUGGCACCGAGGGCAAGGAGAGUGCAGCAACGGAGGGAGUCCUCAAGGCCGAGCCUGAGGUCUUGGAACUUGAGAGUGAGAGCAGCAAGCUUGUCGAGAACGUCAUUCAGACGGCUGUCAACCAGUUCGCACGCACAGAGACAGCCUCCAAAGCCUGCGCUUCAGAUUUACAGACGCAGGCUCCCAUGACGCAGGCUGACAGCCAGGGAGCUCAACAGAUGCCGGACAAAGAAGAAAGCGGCCAUCAAGUCUCCGCCCAAGGUGAGAUGGCUGCAGCCCAGGAUGGAGUUGCGAUUUCUGAUAUCUCCGAAGGCCUGGGCCAGACCUCAGGGAAGAUCAAUGCGCUUGCGGCUGAAAGUGCCAGUGUCAAAGACCAGCAGUGCGAAGACGUAAUUGUCUCGCUCAAGGCAAAAGGAGACGGAUACGGAGCAAGACCUGUGCCAGGGGAUGGUUGUGCCAAAUUAGGAGAAAGCGUUGAGAAGCUGCCACCUAAAUCCAAAGAUCAAAAGGGGCUUGCCACUGAUGGCCCCCAGCACCGAAGCCCAGCUCAGGCAGAGGUGGAUGCCUCUGGAAAUCUAACCAAAGAGUCCCUAGACACCCAUGGACCAAAGCUAACAGAAGAUGGAGAUGCUCAGGAAAUAGAGAUCCAGGAAGAAAAAAUGCCCACUGAGCCAGUCAAAGAGAUCAAGCCCCAGGCAGAAGAGGACCUACAGGAGCCACAGGGAGACCUGGCAGAAUCCUAAGACGUUGGGUAGGUA